AUGGAUCCCCUGUGGCCAUGGCUGCUACUAGUGGCAGCGGUUGGAAUCGUUGAGGGGCUGGUAGGUGAGUCGAUUGGUCUUGCGGAGCCAACCACGCAAUCAGAGACGACGGUCAGAACCCGACAGGGCGGCAGUCCUAUUCCGUUUAGAGACGACCUUCCCGUUCCCGGGGGUUAUGUAACGUUUACGAGGGGGAACACCGAGACAGCGCUGAUAUGGGAAGAAGACGCGACCAAAGGAGAAGCCAGCUUCCCCUGCAGUGCAAGCACUCCUGCAACCGAGGAGACCGCUUCUGUGCAAGUAGAUUCAGAGGAAUCGCUUGAACAGCAGCCGCCAAACCCAGAAGAAUUGUCGUUGAAGGAGGCACCUUCGGUGGCGCCGGCCUCUCGCCUACGAGGAAUCAAGUCCCUUGUGUUUGGCUCGUUGAUCCUGGGCGUUUUGCUCCUCGUUAUGAAUGCACCAGACGAGUUGGACUCUGAGGAUAGCGCUUUGACUGAGUUGCGUCACUUCUUCGCUGAGGACCUCAUAGACAGGAUGUUUGCGAUAGAUGACUUCUUAGAUACGAAAGUUCCCGUUUUCCCCUUCAAAAUCCUUAGUUUCUGGAUUCUCGUAGGAGCUGCUCCGGUGCUAUUUUUUUCGGGUUUGGAAAAUUUGGCACGAAACCUGAGAAGGCACAGGCAUGGCCAAGCCCCCCCUCGAGGUCCCCGAGUUCCCAGCCUUCCCUUGAGCCUCCUCAGCACCCUUCUGAGCAUGUGGGUGGUUAUGCUCCCCGCCUACAACAACGCCGAAGACGAUGAAAGCCCUUUAUUGGAAGAGGUCAGCGUGAAUAUUGCAUGGGGAGUCAAUAUAGCGUACAUGACUCUUCUCUUGUUCUAA